AUGAAAGCGAAGAGCAACGCUGUUCCCAGGAGCAGCUGGAACACGGUUUUCAUUCUGACCGCGUUUAAAGCCCUCAGGGACAGUUGCAGAAGCCAGGACUCCCGGGGGGUCCUGACCAUAAUGUGUGUGAGAGACAUCUUGGGUCCGAGCGCGCUCACAUCCACCUGCGCCUCUUCAGCAGACAGACACCGUGACGGGACGGCUCAUGACGGGAUGCUCCUCCUGCUGCAGCUGAUUCCUCAAGCACCCCAGGACCGCGCUCCCUCCCCGCACACUUUUGAUUGA